UAGCUGAAUAACUGAGGGAAAAAAAGAACAUUUCUUCUGGAUAAACCCAACAUGUGGCCCAACAGCAGCUUCGGUUCCUUCCUGUUGACUGGUUUUCCAGGCUUGGAGGCAGCUCACCACUGGAUUUCUAUACCCUUCUUUUUUGUCUACAUCUCUGUCCUUUUUGGCAAUGGCACCCUCAUCCUUCUCAUUAAGGAAGAUCACAAUCUUCAUGAGCCUAUGUACUAUUUCCUGGCCAUGCUGGCAGCCACAGACCUGGGGCUGACCUUAACCACAAUGCCCACGGUGCUGGGUGUCCUCUGGUUGGACCAUAGGGAGAUUGGAAAUGUAGCCUGUUUUUCUCAAGCCUACUUUAUACAUUCACUUUCUUUUGUAGAGUCUGGUGUUUUGCUGGCUAUGGCCUAUGAUCGUUUUAUUGCCAUAUGCAACCCCCUUAGAUAUACCUCUAUACUCACUAAUACUCGAGUAGUGAAAAUUGGGCUGGUAGUACUGAUGAGGGGCUUUAUAUCUGUUGUUCCUCCAAUUUCACCCCUCUACUUUUUCCCAUAUUGCCAUUCCCAUGUCCUCUCCCAUGCAUUCUGCCUUCAUCAGGAUGUCAUUAAACUGGCCUGUGCUGAUACCACCUUCAAUCGGCUGUAUCCAGUUGUGCUUGUAGUCCUUAUAUUUGUACUGGAUUCUCUGAUUAUCCUCAUCUCCUAUGUGUUGAUACUCAAGAGUGUCCUGAGCAUUGCCUCCAGAGAGGAGCGGGCCAAAGCCCUCAACACCUGUGUCUCCCAUAUCUGCUGUGUCCUGGUUUUCUACAUCACAGUGAUUGGAUUGUCUCUAAUUCAUCGGUUUGGGAAGGAGGUUCCACAUAUUGUCCACCUCAUUAUGAGCUAUGUCUAUUUUCUGUUUCCUCCACUAAUGAAUCCUAUAAUCUAUAGUGUCAAGACCAAGCAGAUCCAGAGUGGUAUUCUUCACCUUUUUACUACCCAUAAAGUUAGGCCCUGAUCUCUGGCCAUCACAGCCCUUCAUUUGAGAACUCUGAUUUGUGACAUGGGAAUAAAGAA